UUUUUAAUUUACGUUUGCAAACUGUAUUAUCAACGUUCUUAAAAACAGUUCUUUUCAGAGCUACGCUGUAAAUUCAAGAGUUUGUUGAAGUAAGUAAUUAAGUAACGGUUAAAUCACACUAAUUUGCAUUUGUAGGUUACAAAAACCCUUCUUGAGGAUGCCCUUCACACAAGAACAAUAUGCCUUUAUUUUGAAGGCUCAUUUUCGAAGUGCUGUACGUAAUGAAGAUGGAACGUGGUCAUAUUCGUUCCGGUCCUGUCGAAAGCAAUUUAUGGAAGAGUAUCCCGAUGUUAUUAUUUCUUAUAAAGCAUUUGCCAAUCAUAAGACACGAAUUGUGGACCGAUUUGAAAACAAGAAUUGCAUUUGUAAAGAAAAACAUACCGGUCGUCCAUUACUACGAAACGAUGAAGUGGUCCAAGAUGUCAGACAACGAAUGGAGGCGAGUCCCAAAAAGUCAAUCCGUCAGUUAAGUGCCCAAGCUGGAGUGUCUUAUUCAACAUACUCUUGAUGAACUACGAGCAGCAAUUAUUGAGGAACUAGAAAAAAUUUCACCUGAAACUCUGGAGAAAGUGUUUGACAAUAUGAAGCGUAGAGUGGAAUUGUGCCGUGAACACAAUGGUGGACAUGUUGAGCAAUUUUUAUAGUUCAUUUAAUACAAUUUUAAUAUCGUGACUGUGCUUAGUGCAAA